AUGGCUAACAGCCUUUUCUCCCCUCACGGCAAAGCCGGUCCUAUCAGAUCUACCGCCCCACUCCUCAUCGGACUCGGAAUUGGUGGCGGCUUCUUGUACUGGUUGAGGUUUCAGGGCACGCAUAAAGGGGAUGUGACGAAGAAGGUACCGCCUAAGGCGAGUGGGCCUAUGGGUGGGAGUGUGUGA